UGCAGCUACUGACUGAUGUAUCUGACGUAAUGUAUUCUAUGAUUAAAGUAUUGUAUAAUACGUAAGACGUAAUUUAUUAUACGUUAAAGUAUUGUAUAAGAGUUCUAUCGAAGAACAAACAUCAAAAAACUAACUUGUCUUGGAAUGGAAUGAUUUCGUUAUUCUUGUGCACAUUGAUAUUACAGGCUUCCAUAAUGAUUCCUUGUAAUUAGAUGACCAAGGAGACAUCCUUAGUCAAUAUUAAAAAAAAACUGAAACUGUAUGUCGAUAUUUGUCGUGUGUCUAUGUCAUGUGUUAAGGGUUUGCCCCUCUCCUGUUUUGCAGAAUGAGUAUUUCCAAGUAGCUUGUAAUCUGAUUAAUGGCUACUUAUAAAAUGUUUCCUAUACAAUAACUUUUUUUAUAAGAAUUCCUUCAAAAGAAGGUAAGAAACUCGUAUCUAGACGUAAAUUUAAUACGUUUGGAAGAUAUAGGGAGACGAUCAAAUAAUUAUUUCAGAUUAACCUUGUAUCGAAACACAAUCGUCAAGAAACGAAUAACUUUACUCGGAUAAAAUAUUCAUCAUGUUUUGGCCCGGUAGUGAAAUAUUUACGUUGCAACUAGGUACUUACCUUGUACGAGCAUCGCCAUAGUAUUUUACUUGUUAUGUAUUUCAACCUAUUAAGCAAAAUUAUUACGCGCUGAGUAGGUCAUCGAACCUUUCUUGUGUGAUCUACUUUGUAUUAAUUUUAGUGUUAACAAUAAAUUCACUCCGGUAGCACGGACACAAUACAGCGGUUUUAUUCCCUGGUUACAUCCCGUCUACCACAACUAACCACUUCACCACAAUAUACUACAACUCUACUGUACGGGCUAGCGGCUCGUACAUUUUGGUCCUUCGAGCCGGAUCAUCGCAACUGGAACUACAGCCCUGCACUCCAUCUCAGGUACGAAGUAUUUCUAUUUACGAUAGCGAAUCGGUUUGGCUGGUCUUCCACAAGCGGAUCGCCCCAGUCAGAUUGAGAAGGCGCACAUAUCGUAUUAGAGAUACCUUCUGAUCCUGCGAUCACAACAGGCAACAUCAACAGAGGGUGAUCCGGAAGCUAUUGAAGUUAACAGGAGUUAGUGUCCCACAACUACAAUGGACACUAAACAACAAGAACUUUUCAAGCGUCAGGAGAUCAUCGCUGAAGGCAUCAGAAAAAUCGGUGUCAACUUCGGCAAGGAUGGCCCCGACCGUAAAACCGCUACGUACAUUAAGGAGAGACUUGACAAGCUCCAGGCGCAGUGGAACGAGUUUGAAAUAAACCAUAGUGUGCUGUUGAGCUAUGAAGUCCAGACCGCCGAUUACUACAAUACAAAGGCGUACGAACGGGUCAAGCUUGAAUAUUUGCACAUCUUACAGAAGCUGCAAGCCUGGCCCACUCACUCUGCUGCUGGUGACAAGGUCUCUGAACGCGUAGACCCCCAAGGUAAGAACAUUGGCGUUCUAUCUAAGGCAGAUGAGCUCAAGGUUCAACAAGCCACUAACUUUAGAGCCUUCUCUCGCUUCAUUCGUAACUUGAACACUUCUGAAAUAACCGAGAAAUGGGAUAUCGAAGACAAGCUGAAGACACUGGAGUCCCGUUGGAAGGUGAUCGAUGAAGUGCACUGGAAACUCGACAACAUCUUCGUUGGCAGUGACGUGACCUAUGAACUUGAGUUCUCUCAAAACGAAGAUACCUACGAGGCAACGAAGCGUGAACUCAACCGCAAAUUGAACUUGGCUGUACAACAACGCGACAGUGCUCCGAAGAUUGAAAUACCCACUUUCUCUGGAAGCUACCACCAAUGGCCGACGUUUAUGGACCUUUACUCGGCUGCCAUUCAUAACAACCCAAUUUUCUCCAAAGGUCAAAAAAUGCAACAUCUAAAAGGGAAGCUGAAGGGGGAAGCUGAGCGCUUAGUACAACAUUUACCUGUUUCGGAACACAAUUACGAUUCCUGUUGGGAAAUUCUCAACCACAGGUACAACAAUCUGCAACUACUCUUUACAAAGCUAAUGCAGACCUUGAUGAGCCAACCAACAACUCUACAACAAAACUCAUACGAUCUAAAACGGCUCCACGACACAAGCCUCGAAACUGUGCACGCCAUCCGCAACCUGGGCAUCGACAUUACGACGUGGGACCCGAUUCUUGUGCACAUUCUAGUGGGAAAGCUUGAUUCGCAGACCAUUACCGACUACAUGGAAGCAAGAAAAAAUCCCAGAGACUUGCCCGUUUUCGACGAAUUUAUCAGCUUUAUCGAAAGCAAGUUCACUGCACUAGAAGCCAUCGUGAAGAAAAGGAGUAAUUUGACCCACAACAGCAAACCGAAUCACGUGUCGCCCUCGACUUCAAACAAGGAGCACGCAGCGCCAACAUUCCAAAGGGAUACGUACAACAAACACAGACGUUACCCUAAGGUCAACCACACAAACUCAGAUAGGAAUUGCCCCAUCUGUAAAACAAACCACAUCUUACUAAACUGUAAAACGUUCCAGGAAAUGUCUCCGGAGCGUAAACUAAAAACCAUCGAACAAUUCCAUAUUUGCACGAAUUGCAUGUAUUCGCACAACGGCAAUAAAUGCAACUCUCACAAAAGAUGUCGAGUGUGCAACUCCGCACAUCACACUGCCCUACACGACGUGACACGUGACGCCCAGUUACUAACGUCAUCGCCCGGUCAGCGACCCUACAACGCGGGUGACACACAACCCAAUAUGCCGGGCAAAACUAAUCACGUGGCGGGUAAUUACAAUGAAGUUUUGCUGGCCACACUGCAAUUACGAGUGAGAGCUGCAGAUGGAACCUACAUAACGCUGAGAUGUCUUCUAGAUCAAGGCUCUCAACUUAAUCUUAUAACGGAGUCAGCUGCACAACGAUUGGGCUUGCCUAGGCACAACCAGAACUCCACCGUGUGCGGUAUUGGACCAUCGGUCAGUCAGAGCAACGGAACAGUUGAGUUGGUUUGUGAAUCGCUGUACGGUGACUACACUUUCACAACACAAGCACUCGUUAUGGCUAAACUAUUGAAUAACUUGCCCAAUUACUCUUUCGAGAAACAAGAUUGGCCUCACAUUCAGAACAUAAACUUAGCCGAUCCGCAGUACAACUUAUCCCGACCAAUCGACAUUUUGCUUGAUGCUGGAGUCUACGCGGACAUUGUCAUGAGCAACAUUCUUCGAGGAGAUUUCAACGCGCCAAUUGCACAACAAACGAAGUUCGGAUGGGUGUUGCUUGGAAACACAAACACUUUCAACUGUCACGUAGUAGUCAACAACGAAGAUAUUUCACGGUUUUGGGAAAUUGAAGAGCUGACGUCAUCACCGCAUAACGACGCCCUCACAACUGAAGAAGAGUACUGCGAAUCUCUAUAUGUUAACACCACGAAAAGGCUUGACGAUGGAAGGUACGCGGUUCGGAUUCCCAUGAAACCCGAUUUCUUCAAACACUUAGGACAAUCAAAACCUCAAGCAGUGGCACAAUUCAAACAAUUGGAAAGGCGUUUAGCUCGUGAUGAAACCCUAUCUUCAAGCUAUAAGGCCUUCAUCGAAGAGUACCUAACUCUACAACAUAUGAAAUUUUGCACUAAGUCGACAACACUAAGCUGUUUCCUACCUCAUCAUGGAGUAAUAAAACCUGACUCAACAACAACCAAACUACGUGUAGUCUUCAAUGCCUCUGCGAUUACUAGUUCUGGCUCUAGUUUGAAUCAACUGAUGUGCUGCGGGCCAAACCUACAACAAGACUUGCAAUCUAUGAUUUUACGAUGGAGGACUUUCAAAUACGUGUACACUGCAGAUAUUGAGAAGUUUUAUCGACAAAUACGUAUUCAAGAUAUAGACCAACAUCUGCAAAAAGUUGUUUGGCGAAAUUCCAUGACUGAACCGAUACAAGAAUUUCAGCUCACUACGGUAACAUACGGAACCAAAUCCGCUCCAUUUUUAGCUAUGCGGACCAUACAACAAUUGAUUGAGGACGACGGCGCGCGCUACCCGUUAGCUGCGGAUAUCCUAUCCAAUCAACUAUACGUCGACGAUUUUUUGGGAGGAAGUAACGAUCUGUCAACAGCACAGAAGGUUCAAAAUGAAGUUAUGACCAUGCUAAGAGGCGGUGGAUUUAAUCUACGCAAAUGGGCCAGCAAUAAUACAAGCCUGCUUGAAAACUUACCCAAUGAAUCAAUAAGUCAAGGAAUGUUUAACUUCAAAGACGCUGACACAAAUAAAACACUCGGCAUCACGUGGAAUCCAUGCGCGGAUCAGUUUACAUAUAAACAAAUUACACUCAUCGCAAAACGUGACGUCAACACCAAGCGUACACUGCUAUCCGACAUUUCGAAACUUUAUGACCCACUUGGCUGGUUAUCACCCGUCACAUUGAAAGCCAAGUUGAUUUUUCAAACAGCCUGGAUAACGACAACCGGUUGGGAUGAUUGCUUGCCGUCACACAUACUAGAAGAAUGGGAACUGUUCCGACAACAGAUGUCACACAUCCACGACAUUACUAUACCACGAUGGAUCGGCAACACAACAAAACCCUUCGAAUUACAUGGCUUUUGCGAUGCAUCUGAGAAGGCCUAUGGAUGCGUCGUCUACUGCAAGUCCUACGAUGAAGGUGGUCAACAUGUGAUCCGACUGGUAGCAGCAAAAACCAAACUAGCACCGUUGAAGAAACCUAUCUCUUUACCCAGAUUAGAGUUGUGUGGUGCAGUCUUACUAGCUCGACUUAUCAAUAAGAUCAAAGAAUCAACGAAUAUGCAACCGAGCGCCGUACUUUGUUGGACAGAUUCGAUGGUAGUGCUUGGGUGGUUACAAGGCGAUGUGAACCGCUGGAAAAGUUUCGUAGCCAAUAGAGUCACUCAGAUAACACAGAUCGUCGCCUCAACCUGUUGGAGACAUGUCAAGACUACUGAAAAUCCCGCAGAUUGUGCGAGCCGCGGAAUUCUUCCAAGAGAUUUAAUGGGUCAUACACUGUGGUGGAACGCUCCAACCUGGAUUCAGACUAACGACGUUCCCGACCAGAUCAUUGUUACAACCAAUGAAGAGCAGAAGAAAAACGUUCAUGUUUGCGCCACUCAGCCUACCUACGCUCAAUUUAUUGACAUUAUACUGCAAAAAUGCAGUUCAAUAACUCUUGCAAUUCGAGUCGUCAGCUGGGUACUACGAUUCAUCAACAAUUCACGUAAUGCUACAAAAGCCAAGCGAAUUUCAUACUUAACUACAAAGGAUUUAGAGUUGGCUGAGACUUUGAUCGUCAAAACAGUACAAUACAACAGUUUUUGGGAUGAUAUAUCUUACAUCCAAAAACACAAGCGAGUGCGGCCUACAAGCAAACUUUUGAGUUUGAGCCCCAUCAUAGAUGCCAACGGUAUCCUACGAGUACAGGGUAGACUGGAACAUGCUCAUAUAGCCCACAACCAGAAGCAUCCAGUAAUUUUGCCGAACAACCAUAAAUUAUCACAGCUUCUGAUUGACCAAGCUCACAAGAAUACUCUGCACGGAGGCGCGAGACUUACCCUGGGAUACAUUCGACACAAAUAUUGGAUACUGGGUGGCAUGAAAACAAUCAAAAAACAACUAAUUAAAUGUGUCACAUGUCACCGUCACAAAACGCAACGCAGCAGUCAGCUGAUGGCUGACCUACCUACGCCUCGAGUUACACCGUCGCGGCCGUUCACACACACCGGUGUAGACUUCACUGGACAUGUUGAAAUAAAGGCUAAUAAAGGCCGAGGUAUAAAGACAGUAAAGGCAUACAUCGCCAUUUUUAUUUGUCUUUCCACCAAGGCUGUUCAUCUUGAGCUAGUUUCAGACCUCAGCACAAUCACAUUUUUGGCAGCAAUGAAGCGGCUUUGCGCUCGACGGGGAACACCCAAGCAUAUCUACAGCGAUAAUGGGACGAACUUUGUCGGCGCAGCGAAAACCCUAAAAAGGGAACACCGGGAGGCUCUGAAACUUUUCGUCAACGAUGAACUACUCAGCAACGUCGCGACUCAAGGCAUUGAAUGGCAUUUCAAUGCUCCCGCUUGGCCGACGGCCGGAGGACUAUGGGAAGCUGCGGUCAAGAGCAUGAAACAUCACCUCAAACGUGUCCUUGGUGAUCAAAGGCUGACAUACGAAGAAUUCACGACGUUACUUGUACAAAUUGAGGCCUGCCUUAAUUCAAGGCCACUCGUUGCUCUAACCAAUGACACUGAUGACAUUGACUACUUGACACCGGGUCACUUCUUAGUUGGCGGUCCUGUCUUAGCACCACCCAUCGCGUCUGCAGCUGAAAUUACGAACUUAACAGUGCGCUGGCGGCUUACAGAAAACAUGUACAGAGAAUUUUGGAGAAAGUGGUCUAAAGAUUAUCUUCAAACACUGCAGCUGCGAGGGAAGUGGACGAACCCAACAGAAAACAUUAAAGUGGGUGAUAUAGUACUUAUAAAAGAAGACCACGUACCACCAGCCCAAUGGUUACUGGGUCGAGUUACAGAAACACAUCCUGGAUCCGAUAACCUGGUACGAGUCGUUACACUGAAAACAAAAUCAAACACAGUGAAAAGGCCGAUCACAAAACUGUCCCGAUUGCCCAUAGACAACAUGGACAAUUAUGUUACGGACAGCACACUACAAGAUGAUGCUGAUGGUGUGUCAGUAGCCAAUGUACGAGCCGCUAGCCCGUACAGGAGAAAUGUAAUAUGUGUGAACAGACAGUUUAUUGUUAUGAACAAACAGAUUAGAGAGUCGGUACUACAGUUGAAGACCGAGCAAGACCAAAUAACUUUUAUCACCGCCACAGCACUCGCCGCAAACAUGAUGAUUGGAAACCUGCGAAGAAUACAAGAUACAUUGAUGGACUUAAUUACAGACCUCCGCAACGGUAGAGUGGACAUUCAUUUACUGAAGCCCAAUGCCUUUGAGAAGCAAUUACACACUAUCUCGGCACAAGUACCCAAAGGAUUGUCACUGCCCUGCACAAAUAACCUCAAAUGCAUCCGAGAAAUGUAUAAACUAUCCACAGUGCACGGAAAACUUAUCGAAGACUUUUUAAUAUUUGAAGUAAAGAUUCCUCUCGUAACAGACGAACAAUACGAGCUAACGGAAGUACUACCGAUUCGGAACAUGCAGAGAGAUUCCAUGAUUUAUGUGAUACCUACAGCCAAAUACAUGGCGGUGAACUUAAAAAAGGACAUGAUAAUACCAAUGGAUGAACAACAUCUAUCAUCGUGCAUAGAAGUCAAUACAUUUCAAAUGUUAUGUAACGUCGAUUUACCUUUCUACGAGAUUAAAACGACAACACACAUGUGCGAAGCUAACAUAAUAAACAAUAGAGAGGUGUCCAGUUGCCGCACUGAAGUAUCAAGUUGCCGUAAUGAAUGGAAAAAGAUACACAGCAAGGACGCGUGGUUGUUUGGGUGUUGCGAGGAAUGCACCAUGCGCAUUUUCUGUCCAGCUGGCGUUACGUCACAGACCUUGCGUGGCACUGGAAUAAUUACGUUGGCAAAAGGAUGUAUGAUGCGAGGCGACAAUCACCUCAUUCACUCGCAUUAUAGUUUACAUAGCAAAAUGGAAUUGGGACCUGAGGAAGAUGAGAUCUACGUACCAGAUGCAAACAUAAACGAGUUAUUAUUAUCAAACAAUAACAGAAUUUCGAAUUGGUCCAACAUCACAUUAGAAACACACGAAGAACAAUUGAUUAAUUUGAAGAAGAAAAUACGACUGGUUAAGGAACAGCAGGAACAACAUGCGACGAAAUUAGCCGCGGCAGAACCACAUCAUUACAUCAUGUACGGGUUUAUGGCAUUAUGUGGAACUAUGUUUGGCAUUUGGAUAUACAUCACGGUCAGAGGACGUCGUCUCUGUUUACCUGGAGCCAGCCGUCUAGCAGAACCCAAGGACGACAUGGAACUGGUUUUAACUCAUCUUCCACGAGACCAAACCAGCAAUGGAAUUGAGGCAGACAACCGGCUGACGAGAGAGAUCAUCGAACCUCAACACUUCGCGUCUGCCAGCGUCAGAAAGAUGGACAUCGGAACGUCGCCGGACCCGGCGCAGCACUGACCAUUACCGGACAAGCUAUUAUGGACGGCGAAUUGUGACUUUAGAUUAAUAUUGUGUUACUUUAUUUCUUUUCUCUUAUUGGUUGGCAGGAUGUACGAGCAUCGCCAUAGUAUUUUACUUGUUAUGUAUUUCAACCUAUUAAGCAAAAUUAUUACGCGCUGAGUAGGUCAUCGAACCUUUCUUGUGUGAUCUACUUUGUAUUAAUUUUAGUGUUAACAAUAAAUUCACUCCGGUAGCACGGACACAAUACAGCGGUUUUAUUCCCUGGUUACAUCCCGUCUACCACAACUAACCACUUCACCACAAUAUACUACAACUCUACUGUACGGGCUAGCGGCUCG